AUGAAUUUAAACAGAUAAGAAUCCCUUUAAAAAAGAAACCCCAUAUUGUAUCGUCCAAAUAGAUUAUAUUCAAUUUCAGAAAGGCAUUAAACUGAAGAUCUUAAAAUUUUUGUAGAAUUAUCAGGUAGAAAAAACUCUCUUCAAAAUCAACCUUCGACUUUUUAAUAACCAAAUUCAUAAAGAAUCUAAAUAUAAAAAUAUAGAAAUCUAUAUUUAUAUGAUAAAAAGCUUUUCAAAAAUAGAAGGGAGUCAAAAUCUUCCAAAGAAAACUCUCAUGAUCAAAAAUAAUCUAUAUUCUCAAUUAAACUAUAGAAGCCAUCCUCUCAUCUACCUUAAUAUGAAGAAAUGAAAAUCUUUAAACUCAAACUAAUGAAAUCUGAAUUUAUUAAAAAUAAGGUUCCUGAAAUCUAAAAAGAAGUAAAGGUAAAUUAUUUACAAAAUGCAAAAAAAGUUUCUAAUCUAAAUCUAGAGCCUAUUAAAUUCAAUAAUAAAUUGAUUGUUUUACCUUCAGUCAGAGGAUGGGAUAAUAAUAAUUAAAGUUUUUACAGAUCUAAUUGA